AUGAAAACAGAGUCUGCUGAAGAUAAACAGGGGGGGCUAACAUGCGCUUGGAGGUUUGAUUUUUCCAGGUCUUCCAGAGAGUCCCCCUACCUGUCGAACGAGGAUACCGGGAUGUACCCCAGCUCUCCGGCGAUCAGACAAACGGCUCAGACACUGUCACUGAACAGUCAGUACAUUCCGCCUCCGUAUGACUUCACUAGUUACCACCAUCACCUCACGGGAGUCGGUGAUUUCUCGGCGAGUACCUGGAACCCCCUUUAUACUCCCCGGGAGGAGUACCCGUACAGCUUCCAGGGGUCAAGCCCCAACACCGCUCAAGUCAGCUUCCCCUGCCCGGAGCUGAGCAGCGCUCCCUCCGCCGCUGGAGGGGGAUCGCUCACCCCGUACAACUUCAUCUCUGGACAGGACCCCCUCAGCCCCAGGAAAAGAUCUCAUGAGCCAGUUAAACAGACAACUUCAGGAGGGAAGACUCGCACUAAGGACAAGUACAGGGUGGUGUACACUGACCACCAAAGGAUGGAGCUCGAGAAGGAGUUUCAGUUCAACCGCUACAUCACGAUGAGAAGGAAGUCAGAGCUGUCAAUGGCACUGAGCCUCUCUGAGAGGCAGGUGAAGAUCUGGUUUCAGAACAGGCGUGCCAAGGAGAGGAAGAUUAACAGGAAGAAGUUGCAGCAUUCCCAGCAGGCUUCAACAACCACACCUACCCCACCUGUCCUGGGUGCACCCAGUGACGCCCACAACGCCACCACCAGCCCCAGCAGGAACGUUUUGUCAGAUACAAUAUCAGAGGAGUACUAAGUGAAGUUCAUCUGAAGGACUGACACUGUUUCUGGUGUGUAAAUAGUGUUUUUAACAGUUGUGUAUGUUCACCACAGAAUGAAUGAAAAGGAUUCACAUGAAAAUCACCUCUCUUUUACAGCGUCACCACCACAACUCUGUUGUUCAUUUGU